AUGGCUCAAACGGUGUUACGAGUCUUGAUUUUCCUUGUUCUCCUCAGCGUGGCCUACGCCGCCGAAGACUGCCCUAGACCUGAAGGCCCGAAGGAAGAAGGUUGCCCCGUGUGUGGAAAUGGCGAUUUUUAUGGCCUCGGCGUGAGGAUAGGAAUCUACACGCAAUGGUUGUCCUCGUGGAUCGCGAACAACUUCCUGGCAGAGGAAAUCAUUGGGACUCUGGAAACCAACUCGAUAUUCCUGCUGGCGCUCUUCUCAACGGUCUUCUACUACUCCAUCAGACAGAGAGACAUCCGAGUGGUCGACGUUCUGGUCAUUCAUCAGCUAUGCUUGGGCUUUAUUUUCAGCAUCAUGUCGCUCUGGGGCUAUCGCACCAUGUAUUAUAAGACAGAAGGCCCCGGCAGCCGCCGACGUUUCGGCGGAUUCGGCACACACUUUCGCCUAAUCCUCAUGGGCAUGAUCAGUGCUUACGGCGUCUGGUUCUGGAUCGAAGGUGUCGAAGAUGGGCUACCCCCAACGGAUCGACGUACGGCCUGUGGUGGCUUGGAGACGUUUUUCUUUGCACCGAUGAAGGUCGAAUCCUGGUCGACAAGGAGUGUUCAACUGGUCAUCGCGAUAGGAGCAGCCGUCUAUUACGGCAUCAUGGUGCUUGCGGCCUUUGCUGCCUUACUCGCAUACUGCGUACGUAAGAUCAGUCGCAAGCCCCAUGAUUGGAACUGGCAACUGGUCUCUCAGCAAGACUCGGCCAUCGCCUUGACAAAGCGAGAGUUUUCGUAUUGGUACCUAGGCCUCUCAUGCUUCAACCUGUUCUGGAUCAUUUUCGCCAUGGUCAGUAUCGAGGUGACGCUGAAUUUGAAUCACAUGAACAACGUGCUUGGAACGUUGGGUCUUAUAGGCGCGGGACAGCUGAUUCCGCUGGCCAUUGGAUUGAUCAGCCUGGUGCGAGUUCUCUACAUGAUCCUACGCGAGAGAGUUCUGUCCAAAAGGUUGCACAAGAAUGAAAAGAGUCCAGGUAGUGGGACCACUCAUGAGUCGCCGGCCGCCAGUCACACGUGUACCGAAGGACUCGGAUUUGGACCAUCGACCGCAUUCGAGUCCGCCUCCAGCCCCCUGCCGCCUCCUCCUCCUCUUCCUGCUACUACUGCCGCCCAUCACACAAAACGAUCGCUUCCACAUCGCAUCCUGCUGGCCUGGCUCCCCUGGCUUGGCAUCUUUGAAUGGUCACGGCACUCAUUGUCUCCGUCAAUGGGCCGGUACUCAAAGCUCGGCCGCGCCGGCCACCACAAGAAGGAUUCUGGAGUAAGCUUCAGCUUCACAGGGCCUAGCAGAUCGAGAACCUAUGAUAGGCAAACCUGGUCUGAAAACAGCCGUUACAGGCCAACGGAGAGUCAGAGUGCAGCUACUCUUCUGGGCUCGCCAGGCAUGCCACAACUGGCACCAGAUCAGGCGGGCUUGAUGGCCGCAAGCAAAGAUGGUGGCAUUGAGUUGCCCACUCGAUAUCACUCGCUUCGAAGCGCGGGUGACCCUGAUAUAGGCACGGGCAUGUAUGCUGGAAGUGGAUAUGAUGAAUACUAUGGCGAACCUUGACCCCCAAGCGGGGUUUGUGUUGCGGGCUGAGGACGGUAAUAAUUGGCCAGCGUUACCCUCUCAGGAAAAGCAAUUGAGCGUGACAGACCUCUGGACGGAGUAUCAGUGGCUAGGAUUCAUGACAAAUUUUGAUGAUUUUAACGAUUUUAACGAUUGACGACAUGGUGCACCAUGGAAAAGCAGG